AUGAAACAUUUUCAGCAUAAGGGUUUGAAGUCUCAUGAAGGUGAAUGUUCAAAUUCUGAUAAAAUAAUGGUGAUAGAUUUCAUGAAGAUGUCAAAGAAUGAUGAUAGUAUUCAAGAUUCAUCGAAGAAGAAUGAAACAAUCGAUUCAUCUAUUUCUUACAUUAAAGAUGGAGAUAAGAAGAAUGCAAAUAUGAAAGAAGGAAAGAUUUUUUGUUGCAACUAUUGUAAGAAAGAGUUUUCUAGCUCACAAGCUUUGGGAGGACACCAAAACGCACACAAACAAGAACGAGCUAUGGCAAAACUUGUUGAAGGUUUUAAUCCUUAUUACUCUUAUUAUUCAAAUUUGUAUAACUCUCAUCAUUCUCUUUACGGAGGGUCUCUUAAUAGAGCACUUGGGGUUAGAAAAGAUUCCAUGAUUCAAAAGCUUUCUUGGACUUCAAGAUAUGAAUAUUCAUUGUUUAAAAGGGAUCAUGGAACGUCAAUAUUUGAUGGGUUCGAAAUUAUGAAGAGUGAUCACAAUGAUAAAACCAUUCUUCAAACACUUCCUCUUUUUACAAAUGAUGCUAACACUUCAUCAAUCAAACUUCAAAAGAAGACAAUGGUUAUAUCAACAAAUAUUGUUGAUCAUUCUGUUCGAGAACAAACUUCCAAUGAAACAUCUUGUAAUCUUGAUUUGUCCCUCAAAUUGUAG